GGUCUCAAGGCUGCCACUCCUUAUAGAGUCUCCAUCUAUGGGGUGAUCCGGGGCUAUAGAACACCGGUGCUCUCUGCUGAGGCCUCCACAGGGGAAUCUCCCAACUUGGGAGAGAUCACGGUGGCCGAGGUGGGCUGGGAUGCCCUCAAACUCAACUGGACUGCUCCAGAAGGGGCCUAUGAGCACUUUCUUAUUCAGGUGCAGGAGGCUGACACAGUAACAGCGGUCCAGAACCUCACAGUCCCAGGAGGACUGAGGUCCGUGGACCUGCCAGGGCUCAAAGCCGCCACUCACUAUAAAGUCACCAUCCGUGGGCUCACUCAGGAUUUCAAUACAGCUCCUCUCUCUGUUGAAGUCUGGACAGAGGAGGUUCCAAGUUUGGGAAACCUCACAGUGACCGAAGUUAGCUGGGAUGCCCUCAAGUUGGACUGGACUACACCAGAUGGGACCUAUGACCAGUUUGUCAUUGAGGUCCAAGAGGCCCACCAGCUGGAAGGGGCUCACAAUCUCACCGUUCCUGGCAGCCUGCGCUCUGUGGAAAUCCCAGGCCUCAUGGCUGGCACUGCUUAUAGGAUCACCUUACGCGGCGAGGUCAGGGGCCGCAGCACUCGACCCCUUGCUGCUGAGGUUUCCACAGAGGAACUCCCUCAGCUGGGAGACUUAGCCGUGUCUGAGGUUGGCUGGGAUGGCCUCAGACUCAACUGGACUGCAGCUGAUCAGGCCUAUGAGCACUUUGUCAUUCAGGUGCAGGAAGCCAACAAGGUGGAAGCUGCUCAGAACCUCACGGUGCCCGGCAGCCUGAGGGCUGUGGACAUUCCAGGUCUCAAGGCUGCCACUCCUUAUAGAGUCUCCAUCUAUGGGGUGAUCCGGGGCUAUAGAACACCGGUGCUCUCUGCUGAGGCCUCCACAG